GAUGAACCACUCUAGAGAGUAGACAAAAUUAGGAAGUUUCCCACCCGGAAUAAGUCAACAGUGCCACAGCCACUGUCGCUAUCGCGGCCGCAUUUCAUUCCACGAAUAAAUUCUGAAACCAGAAACAGUCGGUAUUGUAUCGAAGCUCUUGGUUAAGUUUGGUACAAUGCCUUGGUGGGAUAUUGGAUUGCUUUCUCGUCUCAAAAACUUGAGUGGCGUCGUCUUUCAGGGUGUGUCAAGCAAGAAGCCGGAGAUUUCUGCGGUUAAUACUGAUUUGUUCACACCCAUUCACUUACCAUUGAUGGAACACAGGGAGGAUGAGAACAAAAUGCAGGAAGUUCAGCUUGGUUCACAUACCAUAAGGUCCCAUGGAGUGACACUUGCACGGACACACAUGCAUGAUUGGGUGAUACUGAUGCUUCUUGGGUUGAUAGUUGUCAUCCUUAAUGUGAUUCAUCCAUUUUAUCGCUUCGUAGGAAAAGACAUGAUGGCUGAUCUUAAAUAUCCCUUGAUAAGUAACACAGUACCUGUUUGGGCUGUCCCUAUGUAUGCAGUUGCACUGCCCAUAGCAAUUUUUGUUGUUGUCUAUUUCCGCAGGAGAGAUGUCUAUGACCUUCACCAUGCCAUACUAGGUCUAUUGUUCUCUGUCCUGAUAACAGGGGUUCUUACAGAUGCUAUAAAAGAUGCAGUUGGUCGACCCCGACCAGACUUCUUUUGGCGCUGUUUUCCAGAUGGGAAGGAUGUGUAUGAUAAAUGGGGAAAUGUUGUAUGCGAUGGUGUGAAGAGUGUUAUAAAGGAGGGGCACAAGAGUUUUCCAAGUGGCCAUACUUCAUGGUCCUUUGCUGGUCUUGGAUUUCUCUCUCUGUAUUUGUCAGGAAAAAUACAAGUAUUUGAUCGCAAAGGCCAUGUUGCAAAACUUUGCAUUGUUAUUUUUCCACUACUUGUUGCAUCACUUGUCGGAAUUUCUCGAGUUGAUGACUACUGGCACCACUGGCAAGAUGUAUUUGCUGGAGGUCUUCUAGGGCUUACGGUUGCUACAUUUUGCUAUUUGCAGUUCUUUCCACCCCCAUAUCAUGCCCAAGGUUGGGGCCCGUAUGCUUACUUCCAGGUGUUGGAGGAGUCACGUUCAGGGACACAGGUUACCAGCACAGUAAAUGCGAGCAAUGUGCAGGUCAUAGAUUCUCGGGUUGGGAAUCAGGUAGACGAAACAAGCAUCCAUGGAUGUAUGGGGUUAACAUUAGCACGUGAUUCUGGUUCGGCAUUGGAAGAUUUAGAAUCUGGAAGGAGAUAGUUUUGUGCAUUUGUUGAUUCUUCCUCCAAGCUCUUCAAAAGUGUGUUUUGAAUGCAAAGGUUACUCGGACGUUUGGAGCUUAUUCCUGCCGGUGUACAUAUUUGUAGAGAAAUGCCACAAUUCAAACUGACAGGAACACUGCCCUUGCUUCCAAGCUUGUUUUUACGAAUCUUGACGGAUUCUGUUUAUAUUCUAUAUCCCCAGUUAAAGCUCCA